AUGUUAUUCAAACGAACUAAAUCACGAGUUGUAGCAGAAUGUUUUGUAGGUCAGUUUACAGCUUGGCGUGAAAAAACUACAUCAUACAUAACACCAAGUAUUCCUGGACGACUUUUUCCAAAUAUAUAUAGUAUUCUGCAGAAAUAUGUGAUGCCUAAAAUUUUAGAAAUACAUAUUGAACAAAUGGAUGAAGCAGUUAUGUAUUAUGAUAAAAAGGUUGAUUUUAAAGAUCUAGAAAAUUUGAUAUUAGAGACAGUUAAAAAUGGACCAGUUGAACUCGAAUAUGAUUUUUGCCAAAUAUGUCUUAAUGAACUUCUUAAAGAAAUUGAUCAUUCUUUAGUCAUUGAAGUUUGGGAAGUUCGAUCAAUUGAGCAUAAGUCAAAUGUUAGACAACAUGUAGCAUUAUUAAAAAAUGGAUAUCAUUUAUGUACAUGUAUUCUACUAUUUAAUAGUGGAGUAUAUAAAGAUGAAAUGAUAGAUUUAUUAGUUAUAAAUGAACCAUUUGUUAGAGGAAAGUCAUAUGAAGAUGAACAUUUAAUACAAUAUAUACUUUUAUUUCCAGAUGGAACAUUACUUGGUCUUACACGUAAAUGCGUAGAAUUAGUUAAUUAUGAUGAUUUAAAUGACUCUAAUCUUUUGAUGAAAAUAUUUAAGGAAUGGAUACAUACACACAAAGAAAUACAGUAUAAUGAUGAAAGAAGUCGAUCUAAUACAAUUAUUAGAUAUGGAUGA